AUGGAAAAGCACCUGAACGAGUUGAGCUCAGAGUUUGAAUGCUUACCUAAUGGUGAACCUAUUCCGGGGAUUCGUCGUGCCAGACCUUCGAAUUUUUCUGAUAUAGAUUAUUAUCCUGAAAACUCUUCCCCUGCUGCCGAGCCAUCUGCUCGUGCCAUUUCAAGGUCACCUACUGCCGAGACUUCUCUUCGUGCCAGUUCAAGGUCUUUUCCUGACGAGACUUCUCUUCAUGUCAGGUCCAGCAAUCCUCCUGCCAGGUGUUCCUCUCCACGCCCUCCUACGAUUAAUCCUGUUUCCGAAGAAAAUAAUCAAAUAGAAAUUAAUUCUCUGUUUCGUGUUGCAGAGUUGAGCUUAGAGUUUGAAUGCUUACCUAAUGGUGAACCUAUUCCGGUGAUUCAUCGCGCCAGACCUUCUAAUUUUUCUGAUAAUAAUUAUUUUCCUGAAAACUCUUCAUCUCCUGUCGAGCCUUCUGUUCGUGCCAGGUCAAGGUCACCUAUUGCAGAGACUUCUCUUUGUGCCAAUUUAAGGACACCUCCUGCCGAGACUUCUCUUCGCGCCAGUUUAAGGUCACCUCCUGCCGAGACUUCUCUUCGUGCCAGUUCAAGGUCUUUUCCUAACGAGACUUCUCUUCAUGUCAGGUCCAGGAAUCCUUCUGCCACGUGCCAUUUUUCACGCGUACUUGGAUAUAAUAUUGAACACAUUAGAUUCGUUCGGCUUAUUUCUAAUACAAAUCAAAACUUAGAAUGCAAAAUUCGUAAAUACAUUUUUCCUCGCAAUAAAUUAAUUCAUUUGAGAGGAAGAAAUAUGGCUCGAGAGCCCAUGCCAACCGAAGAAAAAUUGGUAUUAUUAAAUACUAAUGGUGACGUUCUCGCCAUAUUAGAGAACAAUAAUACAAUCCUUCGUGGAAUAUAUACUCAGGUGAAUGAAAAUAUGUCUGAUAUUCGGGUCAAAAUAAACACAGGCAGUAGGGCAAUUCAAUAUUUGACUAGUGAAGAACGUCGCCUCCUCACAUCACCAUGUUUUAGUUCUGUUCUUAGUACUUCUUCUACUUCUCUUUCUCCUACUUCUGCUUCUACUUUUCCUUCUCCUACGUCUCCUACGUCUCCUACUUCUCCUUUUCCUGCUUCUUCUUCUACUUCUUCUUCUCCCACUUCUCCUCUUCUUUCUACUUUUCCUCCUCACACUUCUCCUGCCCCUACUUCUUCUACUCCUAUUUCUCCUCUUCCUACUGCUCCACUUACUUCUCCUGCUACUUAUCCUCAUCCUACUUCUCCCCUUACUACUUCUACUUCACCUCCUCCUACUUCUCCUCCUGCUACUUAUCCUUCUUCUACUUAUCCUUCUACUUCUCCUACUUUACCACCUUCUACUUCUCCCACUUCUCCUACUACUUCUACUCGUCCACUUCUCAUCCUGCUACUUCUCCUGCUCUGA